CUUUGGUCUGUUCGUCCUCCGAGGGGGAUCCCAAACGGUGAAUGAACCUGUUAGCUCGAGGUCUGAAACAUGGAAUAUAAAUAAAAAUGGGGGCUGUGGUGUCAUUCUUUGAGCGACUGUUCGGGACAGAGAAAAAGAAGGAGGAGGAGCGAUUUCUGCGUGCUAAUGACAGAGCUUUCAACUUGUCUUUUAAAUAUGCUGACAACUCUAUUAAGACCUCCAAGUACAACAUCUUGACGUUCCUGCCUCUAAAUCUGUUUGAACAGCUUCAGAGGCUCGCCAAUGUCUACUUCUGCUUCCUCUUUAUCCUGCAGCUAAUCCCACAAGUGUCUUCUCUGUCAUGGUUCACCACUGCAGUGCCUCUAACCCUGGUGCUGGGUAUGACAGCAGUCAAAGAUGCUGCUGAUGACAUUAACAGACACAAGAAUGACAACCAAGUGAAUAACCGUGAAGUGGAUGUGCUCUUGGAUGGAGACCUGAAAAAAGAAAAGUGGAAAAAUGUGAAAGUUGGGGACAUCAUUAGGCUGGAGAAUAACGAGUUUGUAACAGCUGAUCUUUUGCUGUUGUCGAGCAGUGAACCUCUAAAUCUGGUUUAUGUGGAGACAGCUGAACUAGAUGGUGAAACUAAUCUGAAGGUGAGACAGGCCCUGACAGUAACAGGAGAACUUGGAGACAACUUCGAGGCCCUGACUGCUUUCAAUGGUGAAGUGAGAUGUGAGCCUCCUAACAACAGGCUGGACAAAUUCAAAGGGACCCUGACCUUCAGUGGGCAGUCCUACGCUCUUGACAAUGACAAGGUGCUGCUUCGAGGAUGCACUCUGAGGAACACUGAGUGGUGCUAUGGCCUGGUCAUCUUUGGAGGUGCUGACACAAAGCUCAUGCAAAACAGUGGAAAGUCAAUAUUUAAAAGGACCAGCAUCGACCAUCUCAUGAAUGUUCUGGUGCUUUGUAUCUUUGGUUUCCUGGCCUCUAUGUGCACGGUCUUGGCCAUUGGGAAUGCCAUCUGGGAGUCCAAGGAGGGCACCAAUUUCUUGGCUUUUCUCCCGUAUGAAGAAGGAGCCACGGCUCAGCUCUCCUCUUUCCUCUCUUUCUGGAGCUAUGUCAUCGUGCUCAACACUGUGGUGCCUAUUUCUCUAUAUGUCAGUGUGGAGAUCAUUCGUCUGGGGAACAGUUUCUUCAUCGACUGGGACCGUAAGAUGUACUACCCCAAGAGUGACACGCCCGCCCAGGCCCGCACCACCACCCUGAACGAGGAGCUGGGCCAAAUCAAGUACAUCUUCAGUGACAAGACAGGAACACUCACACAGAACAUCAUGACCUUCAACAAGUGCUCCAUCAACGGCAGGAAUUAUGGGGAGCUGUUUGACUUCUCUGGACAAAGGGUCGAAAUCACAGAUAAAACAGAAAGAGUGGACUUCUCUUGGAAUAAACUGGCAGAUCCAAAGUUUAUGUUCCAUGACCACAGCCUAGUGGAGACGGUGAAGGAGGGCAGUCCUGAGGCACAGGGAUUCUUCAGACUGCUGGCUGUGUGUCACACUGUCAUGCCUGAGGAGAAGAACCCAGGGGAACUUUACUACCAGGCCCAGUCACCAGAUGAGGGCGCUCUUGUGACAGCAGCCAGAAACUUUGGCUUUGUGUUCCUGUCCCGUACUCCAGAGAGCAUCACUGUGGUGGAGAUGGGACAACACAUCACAUACGAGCUGAUCGCUGUUCUGGACUUCAACAAUAUCCGAAAGAGGAUGUCCGUUGUAGUGCGCAAUCCAGAGGGCAAGACAACUCUGUAUUGUAAAGGCGCUGACACCAUCAUCUAUGAAAGACUGCAUCCAUCUUGUAAAAAACUGAUGGAGGUGACGACUCAGCAUCUUAAUGAGUAUGCAGGGGAUGGGCUGAGGACACUGGUUCUGGCCUAUAAGGACUUGGAUGAAGAAUAUAUGGAGGACUGGAGACGCAGGCACCAUGAGGCCAGUAUAGCCAUGGAGGGAAGGGAGGAGAUGCUGGACCAAUUGUAUGAAGAGAUUGAGAAAGACCUAAUGUUACUGGGAGCCUCAGCAGUGGAGGACAAACUCCAGGAUGGCGUUCCUCAGACAAUUGAGCAGCUGGCUAAGGCCGACAUAAAGAUCUGGGUGCUGACUGGGGAUAAACAGGCUGCUCAUAUUGGUGUAGGGAUCAGCGGGCAGGAGGGCAUGCAGGCCGUACUGUCCAGUGACUUCUCCUUUGCUCAGUUCCGGUACCUGCAGCGCCUCCUAUUGGUGCACGGCCGCUGGUCUUACCUGCGCAUGUGCAAAUUUCUACAGUAUUUCUUCUACAAAAACUUCACCUUCACUUUUGUGCAUUUUUGGUACGCCUUCUUCUGUGGCUUCUCUGCACAGACAGUGUAUGACGAGUGGUUCAUCACUUUUUAUAACUUGGUAUACACAGCCCUCCCUGUACUUGGCAUGAGCCUAUUUGACCAAGAUGUGAAUGACCGAUGGAGCUUCCAGUACCCUCAGCUAUAUGUCCCAGGGCAGCUCAACUUCUACUUCAGUAAAAAGAUUUUCGUGCGGUGCAUGCUGCAUAGUUGUUAUAGUUCCCUCGUCCUGUUCUUUGUCCCCUGGGCAGCCAUGGUGGACACAGUUCGGGAUGACGGCAAAGAUAUUGCAGAUUAUCAGUCCUUCGCUCUACUGGCCCAGACCUGUCUUCUGGUGGUGGUCAAUUUCCAGCUUUGUUUGGAUACCCACUACUGGACGGCAGUGAACCAGUUCUUUGUUUGGGGCAGUUUAUCGGCUUACUUUGCCAUCAGCUUCACCAUGUACAGCAAUGGGAUGUUUCUCAUUUUCACUUCUGCUUUCCCUUUUAUAGGCACAGCAAGAAACUCCUUAAACCAGCCCAGUGUGUGGCUGACCAUCCUGCUGACCACUCUGCUGUGCAUCCUGCCUGUGGUGGCUGUACGCUUCAUUUUUUACCAGCUUCGCCCAACUAUCAAUGAUAAGGUGAGGUAUAAAGUGAGAAAAGAAGCUCUCCCCGCUCCCGCCCCUCGCCGCCCUCCUCCUCGACGAAUCAGUACACGGCGUUCGGGAUACGCCUUCUCCCACAGCCAGGGCUAUGGAGACCUGGUCACGUCCAAAUGGGUGCUCCUCAAACGGAAGAGCAGACCUCCACUUUUCACCAAAACCAGCGACUCUCCUCUGGCCCAGAACCAACCUCAGCUCUACCGCACUAUCACCGAGGAGAACGAGGAGGCACAGACUCUGUAGGCUGCAAGGACUACAAACAUGGCCGACUGGCAUUUAGAGUGUUUUACAUAGAGGUGCACUUAUGAGAGGAAGCACAGGGUAAAUGUCUUUUUAUAAAGAAAACACUUGAGAUUAGCCUUAAAUGAGAUUAAAAACUCCAAACUGAAAAUUAUUAUUACAUUUGCAUUUUGUAAAAUAUGUGCCAUACGCUUAAGUAUAGAAUCAUUAAAAUUGUGGCAAUGUCAGUUUUAUGCAUUUUUAAUAUUGGCUGUGCAUUUACAUAAAUAAAAUAAAUAUUGAAAAAAUGUUUUGU